UUGCCGCUAAUUGAUUAAGAUAGGGCUUUUUUGCAGGUUUAAUGGCGGUAUCAUGUAAUCUGCUAUUUCUGGGGGUUUAAUCACGUUGUUUAUGACAGUGACCGCAUUUUCUGCUGUGCAUCUUCAUAGCAUGGGUUUCAGUGAGAAAUGUUUGCGUCAUGCUGUAAAUUUAGAAGCUGAGAGAGCAUACAGGAGCAUUUUUUGCAGAAGCCUGAGGUUUAGUAAUUUUCUUCCGCCAAAUAUUUUAACAUCUUGUGUUCGAUCGAAGCACAAGUUUUCAGGAAAGUUGUUGAAUGGUGUAGAUGGCUAUGAAAAGGAAUCAGUUCUGAUCGGUUGCAGCGGCCUUGAUGAAUUUAUUGGCAAUAGAGAAAGGUUUCAUGAGAAUAUCAAAGCCCAAAAUAUUGAUUUUGAUGCAACCUUGGCAUGCAAACAAUUCUCUUCCAUCACUUUGGGUUGCUUCCCGACUGUGGAUUUGUACGAUGGACCUGCGAUGUACUCUCAAACCACAGAAUCCCUGGUUCCUGAAAUUCUUGAAGGAUGCAUUCCUAGUCGGCUUGAUGCAAAUUGGGUCGAUCCGAAAUCUUUGUUCCAAAACCUGGAUUCUUUCUACACUGAGACUUCAAAUGUGACUGACCCUUAUGUCCUGGAAGAAGAAUCGGAUAAAUCUGCUAUAUAUUCUGAGCCACCCGAUCGGAAGACCGAGGCAAGGAAUUCUUUACAGUUGACUGCUGACAAACCUUGCAGCAAUGGGGCCUCAGUGGCAGAAAUCCUUGAUAAAUGUAUAAGCUGCAUACCUGGGUUGACCAAACGACAGCUCAGUCAGCUAGAGAACAGUGGUUUUCACACGUUACGGAAAUUGCUACAUCAUUUUCCUCGCACCUAUGCCGAUUUACAGAAUGCUGAUGUGGAAAUUGAUGAUGGACAAUACUUGAUCUUCGUUGGGGAAAUAAUGUCUUCAAGGGGAAUCCGAGCUAAUGGUUCAAUCGCAUUUCUGGAGGUUAUUGUAGCAUGUGAGGUUGGUGCAGAUGCUGAGCCAAACUCAGAGUGCAUCGCUGUUGAAGUAGACAAGAGAAGGAAAAGAACUAUAUAUCUGCAUUUGAAGAAAUUUUUUCGUGGUACUCGUUUCACGUGCACACCUUUUCUCAGAAGAAUUCAAGAAAACCACAGGGAGGGUGAUAUUGUGUGUAUCAGUGGCAAGGUGCGUACCAUGAGUAGCAAAGAUCACUUUGAAAUGAGGGAGUACAAUAUCGAUGUGGUGACUGAGGAAGGCAAUUCAUGUAUUUUUGCUAAAGGGAGGCCUUAUCCAAUAUAUCCUUCAAAAAAGGGUCUCAACCCUGAAUUGGUCAGGGAUUUCAUUUCAAGAGCUUUAAAGACGCUGCCAGUUGAUUUUGAUCCUCUUCCUAAAGAUAUUACUCAGGAAUUUCAACUGCUCUCCCUGUAUGAUGCAUAUAUUGGAAUUCAUCAGCCAACUAAUUUGAACACGGCUGAUUUAGCUCGCAGAAGGUUUAUAUUUGAUGAAUUCUUUUAUCUUCAGUUGGGGAAGUUAUUCCAAAUGCUCGAGAGUCUUGGCACAAAGCUAGAAAAGGAUGGAUUGCUUGAGCGAAUCCAAGAGCCAACAUUCAAUCUAUAUGGACAUUCAAUCCAACAACCAACAUUUAAUAUUUCUUCUAAAUGUCAAGCAUAUUGUUUUUACCUUCAUCAGGGUGAUGUUGGAUGUGGCAAGACUGUGGUAGCGUUUUUAGCAUGCAUGGAAGUAAUUGGCUCGGGGUACCAGGCAGCUUUUAUGGUUCCAACGGAACUGCUAGCUAUACAGCAUUAUGAGCACCUUCUUGGCUUGCUUGAGAAAAUAGAAGAGGGUAAGGAAAAACCUUCUGUUGCUCUAUUGACAGGCUCAACCCCAAACAAGCAAGCACAAUGUGUUCGAAAGGGUCUGCAAAAUGGUGAUAUCUCUAUAGUAAUUGGAACUCAUUCUUUAAUAGCUGAAAAGGUGGAAUUUUCAGCUUUGCGUAUUGCGAUUGUUGAUGAGCAACAUCGUUUUGGUGUUGUUCAAAGAGGGCGCUUCAACAGCAAGUUAUACUUUAACAGCUUAGCUUCACAACUAAAAUCGAGUUCAAAUGACUCCGUGGAAAAUGAUGUUGUCAUGGCUCCACAUGUUCUGGCAAUGUCAGCCACACCAAUUCCGAGGUCGCUUGCUUUGGCGUUGUAUGGAGACAUGUCCCUAACACAAAUUACCGAUUUACCUCCUGGAAGAACACCUGUUAAGACAUACGUUAUUGAAGGAGAUGAAGUCGGUUUUGAGAGGGCUUAUCAGAUGAUGUUUGAGGAAUUGGAGGGAGGAGGCAAAAUAUAUAUUGUCUAUCCCGUAAUUCAGCAGUCCGAGCAACUCCCUCAACUCCGUGCCGCUUCAGCUGAUUUCGAAUACAUUUCCAAUAAAUUUUCUAAUUACAAAUGUGGAUUGCUCCAUGGGAGAAUGAAAAGUGACGAAAAGGAUGAAGCACUGAGGGCGUUCAGAUCCGGAGAAACGAAUAUACUUCUCUCCACACAAGUGAUUGAGAUUGGAGUGGAUGUACCGGAUGCAUCGAUGAUGGUUGUUAUGAAUUCUGAGAGAUUUGGAAUUGCGCAGCUGCAUCAGCUCCGAGGCAGAGUUGGGCGUGGAGAGAGAAAAUCAAAGUGUAUAUUAUUAGCAUCUACAACCACUAGCCUUAAACGACUGAAAGUGCUUGAGAAAUCGUCCGAUGGAUUCUACCUUGCGAAUAUGGACCUUCUACUUCGCGGGCCUGGUGACUUGCUUGGCAAGAAACAGUCAGGUCACUUGCCUGAGUUUCCUGUUGCUAGGUUAGAGAUUGAUGGGAAUAUUCUUCAAGAAGCUCAUCUUGCUGCUUUGAAAGUGUUGGAAAGUUCGAAUGACCUCGAGAAAUAUCCGGAUAUGAAAGCAGAGCUCAGCAUGCGACAACCCCUUUGCCCUUUAGGAGACUAAACCACAGCAUGCAUUGCAAUUUGCACAUGUGUAUAUUUUGUAUGUAAUUCAAUUAACUGCGAAAAGCUCUUGUUAUUAUCACCUGUUGUAGCAGCAGCUUCUUUUGUGUAUAUAACAGCAUACUUCUUUAGUGUUCUGAUCGUCCUUUCCAGCUCGUCCUAUUUUCUAAA